AUGGUGGUGGAAGAGGCGUCCGCACCACGUGGUGGGGCCAACGUCGGUGAUGGUGGCGCAGCUAUUCCACUCGACGAGCCACUCACAGCAAGUGUGGCGUUGAUGGAGCAGCUUGGCGUUCUUGACCUCGCGGAGCGGCGCACACAGCAGUUUGCCGUCGCCGCGGACGCGUUGGAUACCACCGAUAACACAGAGGCAAUUCCAUCAUCGCUCACCGCCACUAUUACGGAGGCUUGCAAAGCAGGCGCCGCCUGCCGCCUGCCACCCGUUGUGGUGCUUCAGAAGGUUAUUACGGCAGCCAAGAUGCCAGACGGACACAAUUUAUUACUGCCGCCGGUCGCCGCCGCGGUGCUGCUGCGCUACGCCGCUGAGCGAAUCACCGCAAAGGCUGCGGCGCUUCAGCGAUGCCUUGACGGACGCGAUGCCCUGCUGGUGCGGUAUGAGAACGCUUCGUGGCCGCGCAGUGACCAGGGCGAGGCUGCGCGGCUGCGGUGGGCGCUCAGUGAGGAGGUGCGGCACGGCUACAAUCUGCUCGCAAGACUGCAACGACGGAAGUGUAACGACGCCCAGCUGAAUCAAUAUCAACUGGAUGAACUUCGGGCGAGACUUCAGCUCGCGGCUGCCCUGCAGGACAGCGCUACAGCUGCCGAUGCCAUUGAAGAUCUUCUCGCGCUGCACGCCCAGCUGCAGAGCCGCGACAGUGGGGGCAAGAACGUUGAGGCUGGUGCUGAGACUUCGUCUUACCUCAUUGAAUUGGCACGCGAUGUGGGUACUGCGAUUACUGCGUUUCGCACCAGUUGUGACUUUUUGGCGGGCUGCAGACUCUGGGAGAAAUUUCUCGCUGCUGAUCCGUGGAGUGACACAGUAAACCCUAACGGUAUUGCUAACAGCGGCGGCGACGGCGGCAUAGCCAUCACAAUUGCCGCAGAGAAGCUUCGGCUGCUUUCUUUGCUCGCGGAAUGCAUUGAUGCUAACGUGACACACUUCACAUAUGUGCGAGACUCCGUGGUGCGGUUGUUUACCGAUACGGAUGUGGGGUACUUUUCCCGCACAGUGCGUGCCUCACAAGAGGCCCUCUGCGCCGUGUUGCUGGUGCUUUCACGCGUCACACUUGAACCCGGCGCAAAGAUGGACGCUGCGCAGUCAUUCUUCUGCGCUGUGCAGCAGGCGACGCAGGCGGAUGUCUGCCUUGCUGAUUGUGUCACAGAGGCGCUGCUGCAGGUGGCGAGUGCCGCGCGUGAUAGCAGGGCGGCGCUACUGCUGUAUAACCAGCUUUCUGCCCCAAAAGUGAGGCGUGCGGAGGUGCCAGCGAACAUGGCCGCAAUGCUCGUGGCGGAGGGCGAUGCGCUUCAUGAUGGGACACGCUACUUGAGUUUUGUGAGUCUGCGUCGCCGCGUGAUCGCCUCCGCGGCGGCACAUCUUCUGGCUGCGAAGCUGUUGCUGCAGCAGAAGCCCUCCGAGGUGGUCUAUAGUGUGCUUGACUUGAUCGAAACGAGACACGAAGUGGAUCCGCAGCGGACGUUUUUCUUACGUCUCCUCGUGUUUAAUCGCGACCUGGAGCAGAGGCAGCAGCAGCAGCAGCAGUUGCAGAAACAGAGCAACGAGGUGUCGGAGUUGCCAUCCAUUUCAUACGCGCAUGCGCAGCGUAUUCUCGAAGCGUGGCGUGAAGAGCUGCGUACUGCAGGCAUCACCACUAUCGCCUGCACCACACUGCAGCUGUUGCAGCGCAUACGCCGGCAACUCACUGCGAUGUCUGCGUGGCUGCAGCAGCCGUCAACUAGUGGUGAAGGCAUGGAGGACCCAUCAUCGCUGCUUGCCUGUGUCAAUGGCAUGCUCUCCGAGCUGUCGCUUGGUUGGCUGCGCCACCGUGCCGCUCCUUCCCGCACGCCGCUGUUUCACCUGAAGGCUGUGGACCUGGAUCGCAUGACGCACAGGGACCGCGUUAUAGCCCCCGGAGCUGCUGUUGCGAUAAGGAUGUUACACAAUGAGGUGAUGUGUUCAGCUGCUGCCCCUGGAAGGUUCACAGCAGAGCAGCGUCGUGCCGUUGUGCAGAAAACAUUCGACGCAUUGUAUGCCGCGGCUGAUACGGAAGGUGCGACGGCUGUUGUGUUGGGUUUCAGCGAUUAUGUGCGGCUCUGCUGGCUUGAGGACUCGGCACUCACGGGUUCUGGCGCUACUACCACAGGCGGUGAACCUUACUGCAGUUUGGAGCGCCUCAACCGUUGCGUGCCGCUGCUGUACGUCACCGAUGCACUCGGUGAGGCGAUGCUGCCAAGCGCAGGGGACGAAAAAGCAGCCCAAGCACCGGCGUCGCUUAGUCGUGACAUUCACGUCGACGUGAUGCACGUCAGUGACCCCCCGCACAGUAGCAGCACGGUGGAGGAGAAAUGGCUCGCACGGUGGCUGGAGGAAAUUUCAAUCGCGUCGCCGGUUGUGCGUGGCGUGUUCGAGCGACACCUCGCGUUGCUGCUGCGUGAGGCACCUCUCGCCACUGCUUCUUCUUCUUCUGCUGCUGCUGCUGCUUCUUCUGUUUCUGGGGCUGCAACGGAUGGACGGGAAACUACUGGCGAGCGGAAACCGGCCGUCCUGCAGUGGUUUGUGUCCGCAGGGGUUGCGAAGCCGAGUGAAGCUUAA